AUGGGUAAGAGGUGGGCAGAGAUCGCAAGGAGACUCAAAGGCCGCAGUGACAACGCAGUGAAGAACUGGUGGAACGGCGGCCAGAACCGCAGGAAGCGCAACCCAGAACGCCCUGACCAGCGACCCCGCGAGUAUUCUCAAACGUCAGAGCACUACCAGUACCCCUUGGCACCUCAGCAUAUGCAGCACCACGACGACCAGCAUGAUUGCGAAUCUCGUCGUCCUUCACUAAAUCCUCACAUGCACGCAUCGUAUGGCGUCAAGCUUCCUCAGCCCCAGCGUUUCGAGCCAUACCCUGGAUCACGACCACAGGCACUGGAACUCUACGGACACUCUGCCGGUGUACGAGCACGCGGCUUCGAGACCCCCAUGCCCUCACCUUCAGGCUAUUCAUCUGUCUCGGCCGACGGUGCGCCUUCCUUGAUCACAGAUACUGGCUCUGAGAGGUCACCGCGUGGUGCUGCAUCGCCACUAGACAUUACUCUCGCCCCUCUCGUUGGUAACAGGGAUGAGCGCAAAAACUCGAGCACACGUUACCUCCCCUCUACUGGCUUCGUCGUCGAGGACGACGUACAUCCUGCGGCGUAUGACCCCUACAGGCGCCGAGAUUCCCUACAAUUGCCUCCCCUCCACCGUGAGGCUCAAGCACCUGCACAGGCUUUCAAAGGUCUCCAGCACGCACAGCACCACCAACAGCCUCUGCUCGCACAGCCUGCACCGCAGCACGUUCACCACCACUCGCUGCCUCGAUCAUCAUCCUUCAGCGUUCCCCAACACGCACUUCCAGGCUUUCACUCUCUGACCGAGCCUGUGCUGCCUCUGCCUUCUUCACCAUCCGCAGCGUGGCAGUUUCCUUCGCCAUACGCGCGCUCUGCUGAAGCUUCGAGCGCACCGCUCUCACCCAAGGACAAGAUGAGUCUCAAGAACAUCAUGUAG